AUGGCCAUCGAUAAACCCAGCAUCGAGCAGCGUGGCCAAGAAAUCCUCAAUGUUUUUAACAAGACAUUUGGAGACCUUCUCGCCAGGGACCCUGCUGCAUUCCAGGUCAAAUUUCGCAAGAUGGCUGCCUCGGCGUUUGCCUUCUAUCGUGGUAGUGCUUGUCUCUUCUACCACGACAUCGAGCAGGAGCAGCAUAUCGGCCCCUUCUUAGAUGAUAAAACAAAGCGAAUCUGGAUCCAUGGCGAUUUGCACGCAGAGAACUUCGGCACCUACAUGGAUUCUCAGGGUCGUCUCAUCUUCAACGUGAACGAUUUUGACGAGGCCUAUGUUGGCCCCUUCAUCUGGGACAUCGGGCGCUUUGUAGCCUCAAUCGCCCUAAUCGGUUACACGAAAGCUCUCAGUGACCAGCAGAUCACCCGAGUCGUGAAGGUAUACACCGCAGCUUACCGCGAGCGGAUUCAUUCCCUAGCCACUUGCACAAACCAACAUGAGGUGCCUCGCUUUACCCUAGAUACCGCCAAGGGUCCUUUACUGGAUGCCUUACGCUCAGCCCGUAGGCAAACACGUGUCGAUUUGCUCCGUUCGAUGACGGAAAUCCAUGAUUCCGAACGGCGCUUUACCUUAGGCGGUGGCUCCAUUGAGCUGGACUCUGUCACACGAGAGAAAACACUUCCCAAGUCAAGGGAUGACUGUGCCACCAUGUACCGCAUCAAGGAUGUAGUGGGUCGUCGAGGUGUGGGUAUUGGCUCUGCAGGUCUCCCAUCAUUCAAUUUCUUAUUGGAGGGCAAGAGCGAGGCGCUGGAGAAUGAUAUGGUGAUCUACAUGAAGCAGUCCGCGGCUGCAGCGGUCUCCCGGCACGUCGAGAACGCACCCAGCGCCUACUUCCACCACGAGGGUCACCGUACUGUCAUCUCGCAGCGCGCUCUGCAGGCGCAAGCGGACGCAUGGCUCGGAUGGACUGAGAAGGUCUCCCCUUACGCGGUGGACCUGGACUGGUCCGAUAUCAACGACCUGGAAGAGAUGGCGGCAGUGGUUGCUGACCUGGGUACGGCCACUGCCAUGAUGCACGGGGCUGGAGACGAUAAUGCCAGAUACUCAAAACUGGUGCCAUUUUCUCCUGAGAAAGCCAUUGAUGAAGCUAUAAUGACCGAUGAGGGCCGCUUUGUGGAUGUCCUUGUUGCAUUUGCGCAUGAGUACAGUGCCCAGACGCGGCGAGACCAUCACAUAUUCGUGGAUCUCUUCCGCAAUGGCCGUAUUCCAGGCCCGCCUGUUGAUGGCGAAAAUUGA